GGCCGUAACACAAGUACUGAUACACCGCCUCGACCGUUUCCCAACUGCUCGUCUUCGCCCUUCGGCUCCCGGAGAGCUACCCUCAGAUGUGCAUAUCCUCGGCGCCUUGGGGAGAUGCGCGAAUUCCUGCUUCCCUGUGUGGCUCUCCGAGGAGCGAACGAGUCUCCCGCACGCGCCCCCGGUACGACCGAUGACAGGACUUGCAUGCCCGAGACGGCAUGUAAUGUCUUGCGCGUAAACUGCCUGGCUUGUUGCGAUCCACCUGACGGAGAUCCGAGCAACGUAUGGGCGACCCAAAUGCACGGCGAUGCGGUCGAAACGACCCUCCUGUUCAUUCGCCUACCACUGCCGCCGGAUUAUCCUUGCGUCGUGUCCGUACACUGCUCGACUGGCUACGUUGGUCUCUGCACUGAGACUGUCGCCCUCGUUGGUUCAUGUUCUGAGUCCUCGGCGACCGGUGACCGGAGUCUCUAUGUACGUCCCGCUGCGACGAUGAUCCCUCGUCCUCAGAGUCUAUGAACUCAUGCGAGGAAGCACGUCGGUGUCAUGGCACGCGGCCUCGCGCCCGGACCUCCCACUGUGCUGCUUUCGGAGUCUGGAUAGAGGAGAGGUGUCCUAUGCGUGGUGGCAAGUACCUCUUGGGCGCACCAAGAGGUACUUGUAGCCACACCCAGGAUACCUCUGUUUUAUCCAGACUC